AUGUCUAUCGACGUAUUCAUCGACCUGUACAUAACUAUCUAUCUGCACGGCAUUAAAAAAUCAAUACCUCGUUUCCCUGUAGCAUUUCUUUUAUCGUCUUACAAUUUUUUCUUUCAUUCUUUCUUUAAUUCUUUCUUUCAUUAUUUCUUUAUUCUUUCUUUUAUUCUUUCUUUAAUUCUUUCUUUCAUUAUUUCUUUUAUUCUUUCUUUUAUUCUUUCUUUCAUUAUUUCUUUCAUUCACUCUUUCUUUCCUUCCUUCCUUCUUUCCUUCCUUCUUUCUUUGAUUUUCCAUCUAAAAAGGAUACGUUUUCUAUUAAUAGAUCAUUCUUUUCUUUUUCUGUAUCUCUUUUUUCUUUCUUUCUUCCUUUUUCUUUCCUUCCUUCUUUCUUUCUUUCUUUCUUCGAUUUUCUCACUAGAGUAUGUUUCUUUUUAUAGCGCUUUCUUUUUUUCUACUGGAGACAUUUCAUUGAGAGACUUUGCUUCCUUUUUUCUUUCUUUCUUUCUUUCUUUCUUUUUUCAUUCUUUCUUUCUUUCUUUCUUCGAUUUUCUCACUAGAAGACUUUGUUUCCUUUUUUCUUUCUUUCUUUCUUUCUUUCUUUCUUUCUUUUUUCUUUCUUUCUUUCUUUCUUCGAUUUUCUCACUAGAGUAUGUCUCUUUUUAUAGCGCUUUCUUUUUUUCUACUGGAGACAUUUCAUUGAGAGACUUUGUUUCCUUUUUUCUUUCUUUCUUUCUUUCUUUCUUUUUUCUUUCUUUCUUUCUUUCUUCAAUUUUCUCACUAGAACAUUUCAUUGAGAGACUUUGUUUCCUUUUUUCUUUCUUUCUUUCUUUCUUUUUUCUUUCUUUUUUCUUUCUUCAAUUUUUCUCACUAGAGUAUGUUUCUUUUUAUAGCGCUUUCUUUUUUUCUACUGGAGACAUUUCAUUGAGAGACUUUGUUUCCUUUUUUCUUUCUUUCUUUCUUUCUUUCUUUCUUUCUUUUUUUUUCUUUCUUUCUUCAAUUUUCUCACUAGAAGACUUUGUUUCCUUUUUUCUUUCUUUCUUUCUUUCUUUCUUUUUUCUUUCUUUCUUUCUUUCUUCAAUUUUCUCACUAGAGUAUGUUUCUUUUUAUAGCGCUUUCUUUUUUUCUACUGGAGACAUUUCAUUGAGAGACUUUGUUUCCUUUUUUCUUCCUUUCUUUCUUUCUUUUUUCUUUCUUUCUUUCUUUCUUUCUUUCUUUCUUCAGUUUUCUCACCAGAGCAUGUUUCUUUUUAUAGCGCUUUCUUUUAUUCUACUGGAGACAUUUCAUUGA